UUUUAGAACGUCUGGUAAAAAUUUUGAUAUUGUGCUAUGAUCGAUUCUGAAUGAAAAAGCCAACGAACGAAGAGAUUCGCCAGUUGCCAGCAACCUGAAAAUAAAAUGAGUAUGCAUAAUCACUUAACGUUUUAUCGAGUUAAUGUUAUGUAUUGACUAUACAUGGAACAUUUCCUUAUUUCAGGGACCUCCUGUAAAAAUAGGUGGAGAAAUAUUCGUGACUACUACAAAAAAAGUCGAAGGGACGAUCUAACAUCGACGGGAAAGCCUGCAAAGAAAAAGAAGGCUAAUUACUGGGAUAUGUUGAGCUUCCUUGACGACACGGAAAAUGAGCGAGUUGUUCUUACGAAUGCCCAUGCUAACGAGGUUUCUGACGAUUCACUCGCUGAAGAUGUUUCUCAACUCGCGGCACCAAAUGUUGAGGAUAUUCAUGAUUUACAGGCUACGUGUUCAGCUACAAAUACAGCAAUGGAUACGGUUACCCAAAAUAAGGAAAAGGCGGUUCCAAACAAGAAGAAGGUUACUACCCAAGAUGCUGUACUCAAAGCUCUGAAAGAAAGAAAGGAAGAAAGAGAGCUCUUGAUGAAGACUGUUGAGACAGCUUUUCAACCAGUGGUUGAAAAAGAAGAUGAGAUUGACCAUUUUUUUAAGUCAAUUGCACUUACUGUAAAAAAAUUCAGUCCAGCUGAAAAGGUUGAGACAAAAAUGAAAGUUAUGGAAGUAGUUACUGCCAUUGAAUUGCGUCGCUUCUCAAACACUAACAAUCAAGUUGUUAACCCUAAUUAUAAUAAGCCUUAUACAAAUCAGCGGUCUGGAAGCAGUCUGUCGACAUCCUCAAUCAUCGGUUCGGCAAUGCAGUGUUUAUCACCAGACGAUAAGAAUGAAGAUGUGAGAGAAUACCACCAACAACAAAACUAUUAGCACAGGUUAUCAUCAGACCAUCUACAAACCCCAUUAGUUUCCUAACAUUAUGUAAAUAACCUUAUUCUUUUUGGGGCUUGCAUUUUUUAUUCAUGUAUCAAUAA